UCCGUGUCUCUCUGCCGCUCUGAAGUUGUGCUGCAAGUUUACCUUUCAGGUUUGUCUCAUGAGCUCAGUUCAUUUAAGCAGCCAGAGAGCGAGAUGAGCGGACAGACGGUCCCCGCGGACUUCUCGGGACACAUGUUGGACCUGGACGAGGACGAAGACCUGGAGGUGUUCAGCAAGAACACGUCCCUGGCAGAUGGAGGUUCCAUGCCCAACUCUCCCAGCUCCAUGGUCAACCAGUACACACUACAGGAGGAGGAGGAGGAGGAGGAGCAGGAUGCCAACACCAAAGACAUCUUCAUCACUGUGGAUAACCCAGAGAGCCAUGUCACUGCCAUCGAAACCUUCAUCAUGUACAGAGUGGUGACCAAGACCACGCGGGGUGAGUUUGACUCCAGUGAGUACGAGGUACGCCGGCGCUACCAAGACUUCCUGUGGCUCCGGAGCCGACUGGAAGAAAACCACCCGACACUCAUCGUCCACCCGCUGCCUGAGAAGUUUGUGAUGAAAGGUAUGGUGGAGCGCUUCAACGACGACUUCAUCGAGACCAGGAGGAGAGCCCUGCACCGCUUCCUCAACAAGAUCUCUGAGCAUCCCAUACUGUCCUUCAGCCAACACUUCAAAGUCUUCCUCACUGCACAGGAGUUGCAGUCUCAUAAGAAACAGGGUCCAGGCUUCCUGAGCAGGAUGGGGGACACGGUGAGGGCGGUGGCCAACUCGGUACGAGGCCUGAGGAGCCGGCCGGAGGAGUUCACUCAGAUGCAGGAGUAUGUGGAGGACUUCAGUAACAAGAUCUGCUCUGUGGAUAAAGUCACCCAGAGGAUCAUCAAGGAACAGAGAGAGUAUGUGGAUGAGCUGAAGCAGUGCAGCCCCACCUACACCCAGUGGUCUGGGUCAGAGGAGGAGCUGGCGGAGUCUCUGAAGGGUGUGGCCGGCUGUGUGGAGCAGUGUAGUAAAGAAACAGAGGAGCAGAUCCACCAUCUGUCUGAGGUGCUUGUGCCCGCUCUGCAUGAGUACGUCCUCUGUGCUGAGACCCUAAAGGCCGUGAUGAGACGGAGAGACAACAUCCAGGCCGAGUUCGAAGCCAAGAGCGAAGCCCUGGCAUCCAGGAAAGUCGACCAAGAAGCACAGCUGCAGGAUGAGGUGGACGCUCUGGCGGAUCGUGUGGAGCAGGCCAACAACGCCUUGAAGGGAGACUGGUCCCGAUGGCAGAGCAGCAUGAGAACUGACCUCAAAUCAGCCUUUCUAUCCACUGCUGAGAAGAACAUGUUGUACUACGAGAAGUGCCUGGCUGUGUGGGAGUCGUUCCUCCUGUCUCAGAGAGCGGAGCCCAGCGGGCAGAAAGACGGGGACGACGCCUCUUAGAGUGCGGAGAUGAUGGGAACGUCUUUACGGCUCACUCUCUGUCGUCUCUCCGACACAUCCAAAGAUAGACUUUGAACCAAUGUCCACUUAUGCAAACAUGCGUCAUGUAUGAAACAAACAUGCUCUGCCUCUCUGUC